AUCAAGCUGCCAGUGAGUGCCAAGUGUAACAUUGGACGUGUCCUAGCGAGCUACAAAGUUACCAUUGAAUAUCGACUCGGAGUUCUGUCACUCUACAGGCACCGUAGAAGAUCCUGCCACGGCAGCUGGGACCAUUUGCCAAACAUUGGCUGCUUCUGGGAGGAGGUAUCCACUUGCGGACUAUAAAAUCCUUCUAGGCUUCUACGCUAAGUUGGAAGGGUUGACCGAGUACAUACCCACCCAUAAUGUCAAUGUCAUCUACGUGGCUUAUAACUGGUGCCUCACGAGGCAUUGGCCUCGAGUUAGUCAAACAGCUCUUGAUCUCACCUCACGUCGUUCUUUUCGCUACUUGCCGAGACCCGCAAUCUGCGACCUCACUGCUUGCAUUGGGCGAUUGUAAUUCAAUAAAUGGGAAGCUAUAUGUCGUUCGGAUGGAUGUCACAGACGAAGCUUCCAUCAUCAGUGCAAAAGACGAAGUUGCAGGGAUCUUGCAGGGAAGAGGGCUUGACUAUUUGAUCAACAAUGCUGGUGUGGCCCCACAGGAUGAUAGGACGACGACGCUCAAUACAAAUGAUCUGAUAUCGACAGUUAUCGUCAAUGUAGCAGGUCCUGCCCUUGUCACAAGGACAUUCAUUCCCCUGAUCGAGCAGGGCGACAGAAAAGUAAUUGCGAAUGUGUCGUCUGCAUUGGCAAGUAUAAGCACGGACUGGGGAAGGGAACACACAUCAUAUUCCAUUAGUAAAUAUGGGCUGAAUAUGUUGACUUACAAGCUUGCAAAAGAGCGCCCGGACCUGACCCCAUUCCUUCUCGAUCCUGGCUGGGUCAAGACAGAUAUGGGAGGGAGUAAUGCGUUAUUAGAGGUGCAUGAAAGCGUGACAGGCAUCAUCCAGGUUGUGAGAAAUGUCACAGCCAAGGAUGCAGGGCGAUUCAUAGACUACACAGGACAAAUAGUUCCAUGGUAAUAGCAUAUACGUC